UUGUUGGUGGCAAAUACGGAUCAGGUGUAUCGUGUCUUUGGCACUUUAUUAUUCUACGGAAGUGCCUAUUAGUGAUUUCACCCUGACAAGGUUCUCUCUGAUGUGUCGACGCUCACCUAUACUCGCGACGUGGACAAAACAAACUUACAACACGCAACUGCAACUACUGACUGUCGAAGCUCCGUAUUUUCCAAGAAUUUAAUCUAACACUUGACUGUGAAGGAAAGCUCGUCAUAAUGUCAUCGCCAGGAAAACCAGAUUUAAAAGCUGGACAUGCUCCUGCAGUGAAGGUAGGAGGAGUGAGGAUACCUGGGAAGGUCCAUCAUGAUAAGGCUGUUAAGGAACCUGACGUUGAAGAUGAGGAAUACGAGGAAACAACUGGAAAAAGCCCUCCCACUAAUGAUGUGAAAGUACUCAUAUCUGGAGCGCCUUCGCAUGGUAACAAGGAUUUCCCGCCCGAGGCCAUCAAGACGUUCCAUGAGAAACCAGUGCCAACACAUCAGAAGAACGUAGCCAGUAAACCUGUCAAUGUGGUACAACAACCAAGGAAGAACUAGGAAAUCAAACCAAACAAAAUAAGUGCAAAUACGAGACGGGGCUGUGUUGGGAUCCAUGUCAUCAUGAAGUCAGUUGAUGAGAAAUCUUGGUUUAGAGGCAUUUCAGAAAGCAGUUUCCAAAUAAGGUUACUUGUAUGAUGCCUGGAAAAGAAAAGAAGGUUGCAUAAUUAAAGAAAUCAUGCUGAAAUAUCAGACAAAAAGUUCAUCAAAGUUGAAAUACAGAGUUUGAUAGAUAUUUUCGAGAUACCUAAAUAUUUUUGUUUAGUGUGGAACACACAUAUGUUGAAAUCAUUUGAUGGUUUUUAAAUAAAUUAUAAUGUUAGUUUUAUUGUUGGAUAUUCCACAUCUUUUUGAAAGAAUGAAUAAGUAGUACUGGGUAUAGACUAAAAGAAAUUGAGGAUUAUAGAUUUUAAGAUUAAAUUGAUCCUUAUUUUCAAAAUUACUUUUGUUUUCUUUUUAUGUGGAAUGCAAUUCAAAACUUACUAAAGUGCAAUUAAGUUUUUUAUUUCAGGAAUUGUGAAGAAUGUAGCCUUGUAGUGACUUGACUUUGCACAAUUCAAAUUGACAGAUCACAGCAUGCUCUGUCCUGAUGAAGAGAGAUAUCUUAUCCAAAGACCUGUUCAAGAAAACUAACAAUGUUAAGUAGAGACAACUCAUGAAAGUCAUCUGCAAUCGUUUCCUAUUUUCAUGAAUUUUAAUUCAUUGACUUAUUAUUUAACACAUUGUGAUGAUUUUUCCUAAUUCUUUAAUGGCACGAUAACAGGCAACAACAAAACAAAUGAAUAAAUGUAGCCAUUUAGAUUUAGCAGGUGAAAGCAUGAAAUUAAACAAUUCAAGAGAAAAAAUAUAAAGCCAGUUUUCAAAUAUUGAUAACAAUGGAAGUAAAUUUCUUUUAUAGAUGUAAUGAUUUAAACAGAAAUCUAUUAUUUUGAUGUAAUUGUAAGAUGAGAAGCAUCAUCAUAGUCAUUAAAAGGUUUAGUAUGUCAGGCAUUCAGCAAGGGUAUUAUUUCAACUUUGUUUGAAAUUAUCAUGGUAUGUGUGACUUAAUCUAUGACUCUAAAUUUUGAACAGAAUUCUUUGCGAACUCCUGGUUAACAAGAAAAUGAAAGCACCUGCUGCAUAUUGUGAAGUAAAUGCCCUGAGCUAGUUUCUUGAAAGCAUUGCACAUGUAUGGUGGUGGCUUUAUAAUGUUCUUGAACUUAGGCAAACUGGUCCCAUAUGUUCAGUAUAUGUUUUGAUGAUUAUCAGCAUACAAUGCAGAAUGCACAAUAUAUUGUAUAUUAUAUUGCUAAAGUGGUUACCUUAUAUUUCUGUCUAUUUCCAGUUGCUCUACUCUUAAAUUUCUACCAGUAUUACGAUUAUCUUUACCAGGUAAUUUUCUAAUUUCUACCUUGAAUGAAUGGAUUGUAUUAAGCCUACAGCUAUCAUUGCCAAUCACACAAAAGAUAGUACUUGACAUAUACUAGAAAUUAUGGUAAACUUGUUACUUAAUUGAUGAACAAAUAAUUUGAGAUGACUUCAAAUUAAAAAGGGAAAUUAUGUAUGUUUAUUUUAUGAUUUUAUAGAUUUUUUUUAUCUCGAUUGACCAAAUCAUUUAGAUGCUUUUGAAAUUUUAGAAUAAAAGUAAAUAUAUUCAUACGGUACCUUACUGUAUUUUUUUGCUUUUCCCUUUUAAACAAUAGAAAGACUAAAGGUCGUUGCUUUAUUUGUUCCUUAAUCCUUAUUGUUAAGUACUUAAUUUUUGUUAAAGGGCAUCUAGACUGAUCUGGAAAAAAACCUUAAAUUCUUAUAUUUAGAAUGGAACUUUAGACUUGAUUUUAAAUCUUAAAAGAGAUGUUUAAAAAAGGAUAAAGUUCUUUUGAAAAAGAUUUUUUUUUCUUCUGUUAGUAUUAUCCUACUUGAAAUCAUUAAAACUCAUUUUUAUUUCAGCAUUUAAUAAAAAAAUUCUGGGAUUAAA